CACACCGUGCUAACACUCGUUCAGCACCACGGACAGUGCCCUUUUAUACAUUCUGUGCGUAUAGAAGGAUCCCAGGCCACAAACGAUAGCUAUACAGGCAGACAGAUCUCACCAAUGGCGCUAACCGGUUCACGGUUCGCCAGAACCGCGGCAGAUUUAAAUUGGGACUACCUCGAUAACCUUAUUAACGAUAUUGACGGACAGACGUCACGAAUACUGAAGAAGGAGAGACGGAAGUUAGCUGAACGGGUGGAGGCACUCAAGCAUGGUCUGGACGCUGCCAUCACCAGCACCAGAAUCCAGGUGUACAAGUUAGAAGACGACUGUCCACAGAGACGGGCCUUACAGAGGAGCAUAGACUUCCUGGAGUCUCUCAGGCGAGGCUCCGUCAGGGUGAGAACGAGAGCGGUCCUGGGAUCGAGAUCGGGCAAAAAAGGUAAGGCUCGAAAGUCUACGCCAUCCAAAGAACGACGAUCGAUGUCUCGAAAGCGUACGAAGAAACGUUCAUCUGAUAUGUCUCCUAGAAACGGGCGUAGACAUGCAAUACCGAAACGCUCCCCAAGAAAGAAAAGAAACUCUUCUGUAGACGUCAGUGCUUGUGUCACAUCAAGUUCGGACUGCAGUAACGACAGUUCAUACAGAGGUGACCUCAUCUUACGAAUCCCCAAAAGUCGAAUCACUUCGGGCAUUUUUGGCUUUGAAUCGGGUGAUUUCAUCGAAAAGCCGACUCCUGUUGGGAAAAAGUCGCAAAAUCCCACAAACGCAUCAGUGAAAAGGGUACGAAAGUCGUCCUUUUCGUCCGUUUUUGAGGAGCCGGAACCGCAGAAGAGAGAAAGACCACCAGGAGUUUACCAGUUACGAAAAGUGGUUUCAAGUGGGCAUGUCUGUACAAAAUGUCUUGGAUGUAACGGUAAACAUUAGU